AUGUCAGCCAACAAGGAAAGUAACCUUGUUCAGGCUUAUAUUGAAUUAAAUAAAUUUUGUCAAAGCAGUGAUUAUGAAAGGGCAUUAAAAGCAGCUGGGAAGAUUCUGCAGGUUUCACCGACUGAACAGAAGGCUUUCCACUGUAAAAUAAUAUGCUACAUACAACUUCAUAACUUUAAAGAAGCUCUAGCACACUUGAACAACCCCAAGAAUGCAUCACUUGCAGUGGAUUUGCAGUUUGAGAAAGCAUAUUCACAAUACAGGCUUAAUUUACCAAAAGAAGCCUUGCAAACUGUUGACAAUGCUCCAGAACUAACACCAGCUUUAAAGGAACUCAGGGCUCAAAUUUUAUACCGUCUUGAACAAUAUCAAGAUUGCUACAAUCUGUACAGAGACAUUGUUAAGAAUACCACCGAUGAUUACGAAGAUGAAAGGAAGGCAAAUAUGUCCGCUGUUGUGGCUAAUUUGGGAGAAAUAAAUCCAAAUGCAGAUCUACCUCAGUUUGAAGAAACUACCUACGAACUAUCAUACAAUGUUGGUACAGCACUGGCAAUGAGAGGCAAGUAUGGUGAAGCCCUCCCUGUGCUGAAGAAAGCUGAGCAAGCCUGUUCUGAGAGUGUUAUUGAUGAUGGUGGUACUGAAGAAGAGGCAAAAGAAGAAGCAGCAAUCAUUAGAGUCCAACAAGCAUAUUGUCUCCAGCAAGUUGGGAAGGAGAAGGAAGCAGCCAGUAUUUACCAGAAUGUUUUGAAAGACAAGCCCAGCGACCAAGCACUUGUUGCAAUUGCUAGUAACAAUUUAGUUGUUAUUAAUAGAGAUACCAAUGUAUUUGAUUCUCGUAAGCGCAUGAAAGCGGCAACUCAAGAUGGUUUGGAGCACAAACUAAAUUCAAGACAGCGUGGCAAGAUCAUAUACAACCAGGCUGUACUAGCUAUUUAUUCCAAUCAGCCCGACUUCUGUAAACAAUGCUGCGUUAAAUUGAGCCGGGAAUUUAAUGAAGAGCGUCGCGCAGUUCUCGUGGAAGCAUCGUCAUUGGUGAAGGAUGGAAAGAGUCCACAAGCACUGACUUUGCUUCUGAAAUACGGAGACACCCUAACCUUAGCGGCUGCGCAAGUUUUAUUAGCUCAGGGCGAUCGCAAAGCAGCCGUGAAACUUCUAGAAGAGAGCGAGUUCAAGUUCCGUCCGGCAGUCAUAGGCGUGUUAUGCACACUACUGACCGCUGACAAUGAGUACGAGAAGGCGUCUAAGCUGUUCACUGAAGUAUACGAACACUUCAAGAAUGAUGAUGAGCAACUUAAAGCGCUGCGUAACAUAUGGCGUGCGGCAGCUGAGGCGCAUACCCGAGCUGGUAAUACAGUGGCAGCUGCGCAAGCGCAUGAAACACUGGUGCGCGCUGCACCGGGCGAUAAGCGGACACUGGCGCGGCUGGUUAAGGCGCUUAUACACGAGCCUGAACGUGCUAGGAAACUGGCCGCGAAUUUACCUCCAAUUACACAUCUGGAGGGUAAAAUCGAUAUUGAUGCACUGGAGUCGUCCAAAUGGAUGAUGGGUGCAAAGAUUGUGAAGAAAACUGUGCAAAAUAAACAGGAACAAUCACCUGGUACACCUGGUUCAGAAUUGGGCCAAAAGAAGAAAGCUAAACGCAAGCGCAAGACCAAGAUCCCACCCACAGCUGAUCUAUCCAGACCUCCUGAUCCGGAAAGAUGGUUGCCGAAGUACGAGCGCACGGCGUACCGGAAGCGGCGUGGUAUCAGACGUGACGUCAUCAAGGGCAGUCAAGGCAUGACCACCACUGCUGUUGAUCAAUAUGACAUGAGCAAGCAGACACCUAGUGCAACUGCCACAGCAGCUAAGAGUCCUCGCGUUGAAGUCAAGUCGUCUGAGAGCGCUUGGCAGAGGAAACAGCAGCAAAAGAAGAAGGGCAAAGGCCGGAAGUGGUAG